AUGGCCGACCUGCGGGCGCAGAUCAAGACCACCAAGGACGCGCGCGCCCGCGACGAGCUCAAGCGCCAGCUCGCGUCCAUGGAGUCCAAGAAGAAGUCGCGCGCCAGGAAGGACGACGAGGACAGGCUGCUGGCCGAGCACAGGAGCAAGGAGAAGGAGCUGGUGGCGCAGGGCAAGACGCCCUUCUACCUCAAGAAGAGCGAGCAGAAGAAGCGGCUGCUGCUCAACAGGUACGAGAAGAUGACCAAGGGCCAGGUGGACAGGGCCAUUGAGCGGAAGCGCAAGAAGGUCAGCGGCAGGGAGAAGAAGGAGCUGGAUGGGCUGCAGCGGAGGGAGAGGUGA